CACUCUACCCUACGGUCUCUCACCGUGAUCACAAGGCUCCAACAACUGCCACUUCACCGCAAGUUCUUACCCCGCUUUGAACACUCUCAUAACAGCAUUUAAAGAGCGCAUCUGCCCCUCUAUCGCCGUCUCUUUCGUCAUACCGUUCACCACAUCUCGUUCUCGUUGGUCAAACCCAAAUCAAGAUACCCCCGCUCAACACGCCAUCGACUCUAUCUUCUACCACCAUGCCAGAUUCGAAUGAUCUUACCGCGAGGGAGAUGGAGGUUCUGGGCUUGGCCUGGCAAUGCAUGGACAGCGAUCCCAAGAUCGACUACACCAAGCUCGCUCAGCUCACUGGGUACACUCCCGGUUCCGCCAGCGUUACCUUCGGCAAGAUAAAGCGAAAACUAAAGGCCAAGGCCGCCGGUUCCUCUGCUGUGUCAGUAACUCCCAAGAAGGCCGCCGGAGGUAUCCCCAAGACUCCUAAGACUCCCAAGUCUGGCAAACGUGGUGCAACCGAGGACGCUGCUACUGGUACGCCCAGCAAGAAGGGGAAGAAGGCCAGCAAGGCAGUCAACGAUGAGGAGGAAGAUGAGUUUGACAACCUUCCCAUCAAGAAGGAGGAGGUGGCUGAGGUCAACGCCAUCGCGGAUGGCUUCUUCAAAGAGGCCACUGCUUAUGCCGCCUUCGGUGAUGACCAGCAGCUCUAAUGGGUCACUCCCAGCGUAAGGCGUCAAGACAGCAAGGUUGGGAACGUUGAUGUAGCACAUUGAUUUCUUUGACGCAUUGAAGUCAGAAACCGGG